AUGGGCAUUCGAUGCUGUAAAGAUGGCAAUUUGUGUGAAGUCACAAUAACAGAAUAUGAGGAAAUACAGGAAAAAGACGGGGAAGAGGAAGAGGAAUCAAAAGAAGAAAAGGAAAAGCCUCCGACUACCCCCCAACCGAGUUCCUCCAAGUUGAAGGUACACCCUGAUGAAGAGCAGCAAGCCACAAAGAUCCAGGCCUGGUGGCGGGGGACCCUGGUGCGCCGGACGCUGCUGCACGCGGCGCUCAGGGCUUCCAUUAUUCAGCGCUGGUGGAAGCAGGUGCUGGCGAAGCUGCUGGAGGAAAGGCGGCGGGCGGCCCUGGAGUCCUACGCUCGGCAAACCUGGGCGGUAGUCAGGCUGCAAUCCUGGGUCCGCAUGUGGUGCAUCCGCCAGCGUUACAUCCGUUUGCUCCACGCCGUCCGUAUCAUCCAGGUGUAUUGGCGGUGGCAUAACUGCCACACCUGUGGCUUUCUCCGAGGCAGGUACGAACUCACAGCAAACCGGCUGGGACUUGAACUUGAAAUCUUCCUGGGGUCACAGAUUUGUCGGAUUACAGGCUGCAUCCCCUUCCCAAUAAAGAACUGA